AUGGCACUAGACGACAACUUCACCAACAGCUCCUUCAACUGUACAGUUGAUGGCUUCAAGCAAGUAAUUUAUCCCAUCACGUAUCUCUCUAUCUUCUUUCUGGGUGUUGUUGGAAAUGGCCUAUCCAUCUACGUUUUUCUCCAGCCUUCGCAGAGGAAGACCUCAGUAAAUAUUUACAUGCAGAACUUGGCAGUUUCGGAUCUCAUGUUUGCGAUCACUUUGCCCUUUCGGGCCACAUAUUUCCUGUUGGGAUCACGUUGGAUAUUUGGUGAUAUCGUCUGCAGGAUCAUGACUUACACCUUGUACGUGAAUAUGUACUGCAGCAUUUAUUUUCUCACCGUGCUCAGUGUGGUUCGUUUCAUAGCCAUCGUCUACCCUUUCAAACACGGGAAAGUAACCAACAUGAAGUAUGCCAAGAUAAUAUGCGCAGCCAUAUGGGUCUUUGUGCUGGUAGCUUCCAGUCCUCUGCUUAGCAAGAAAAUUGCUGGGUACAGCAACCCAGCCAAGUGCUUGGACCUCCACCCCUCCAGCACGUACAGGCUCCGCAUGAUGAACAGCUUUGUCCUCGUCGUGGGCUUCAUUCUGCCGUUUUGCACAAUUAUUGUCUGUUACGUCUUUGCAAUCAAAGUGUUGCUCAGGUCCAGGGCUCCACAGCCCAAGAAGGCAAUCUGUCACAAGAAGGCACUGUCAACCAUCAUCAUCACACUCAUUUUCUUUCUCCUUUGUUUCCUGCCGUAUCACAUACUGCGAACUGUCUACCUGAUGGACAGCAGGUGCAGCCAGGCCAACCUGCCCUUGCACAAAGCACUGGUGGUCACUCUCUGCCUUGCUGCCAUGAACAGUUGCCUUGACCCCAUCCUCUAUUACGUUGCUGCUGAAAAUUUCAAAGCAAGAAUCAGAAGUUUGUACCGCAGGUAG